AUGCCGGUAAAAAUUGAACUUGAAAAACCAAAACAGACUUUUAAUGCCAUUUCUGCGGAUAUUGACAAUUUAGUGAAGGAGGUGCAGGAACGACUUUGUUUGAAAAAGAAGGAGAAAUUCGGUAAAUUCCGGACUAUGCCGUAUUCGACAAAAAUGAGCAAAUCCAGCCGGCUGACAAAAUGGCGAAACACCGGCUGUAAAUGUCCGUCGCCGAUUUCCAGGAAAUACAAAGCCAUACAAGAUACCCAUUCCACCAAGUGUUGUGGACGCUGCUUGGAUGAAAACGACCCACACAUUUUGCUCCAGAAAUUAAUUGACGAACAAACGUUGAUUCAAGAGGCUGUGAAAAGACUGGGUUUACAAACCAAAAGUAAACAUAGACAAUUUCCGUGGGCAUGUACCCUGGAUUCCGAUUAUAAAGGUGAAGGAAAUCUUUCACAAUAA